CUUUCUUUUUUUCCUUUUGGGGCCUCCUUUUACUUUAGCUUUACAAACAGAGUACAAUUUCUUAAUUUUGUUUUCUCAUUAAGUGGCAAAUUCUAAUCCUAAUAUAACUAUUCUCUAAGUGUUAAUAGAGAGCACACAGAAAAUAAUAGCUACAAGUUUAUCAAUGUACACUAGUGCUAACUAUUUUUUCUAACUAUUCAUUCAAGUAGAUUAGAUAUAUAAAAUACUAUAUAAAUAAACAAUUUAGGAGGUUAAAAGAAAAAGCAGGUGGCACAAAAAAAACAUGUAAUGACUGAUGAGCCUUGAAUGUGUAGUAGAUAAGCAGAAGUUACUAGGAAUCAAGGAAGAAAAAUUAGAAAACUGAAAGCGUAUUUAAGUGUGUUGAUGCUUAAGGCUCAGCCUCAGGUAUCAAGAAAUGCUUGUGUAAGGUUCUAAUAGCUAAUGUUUGUUGCAAUAAUCUUAGUUCUAAGUGUUGUUCACCUCUGAACACUCUUAGUUCUCUCUAGGUUCUAUGGGUUUUUUAUAUUUUUGCGGUCAAUAGAAUCUGAAUUAGCUUUCGAGCAGAUCAGAUUUCAAUUUGUAUUGUGAUCAGACCUUCAUUCAAGUUAAUGAUAUUUACACUUUUAGCAAAAAAGUUAACAACCUCUUACAAUUUAACACAAAAAAACAUUAAGAAUACAAAACACACGGCAAAACAAUAUUUUAUUACUCAGAAGUCGUGGCCAUCUCCUAUAUAAAGCUUAGUUCAUCUUCUUCUCCACACAACCAUUCACCACUUCCCUCUUCUUCCUGAGCCCAAAUAUUUUAAUGGCACCCUGCAUCUACACGUCCAAUACUCAUCUUUCUCAAGACGAUAAUUCUCGGUUCCGUUACAUGAAUCUCUUCCCUGAUCGGAUCUCACGAACACACAUCACGAAAACCUCAAACUCAAGCUCUCUGGAUGGUGGUGAUGAUAAUGAUGUCUGGAUUAAGAUGCUUGAAGAAGCCCAAUCCGACGUCGAGCAAGAACCCAUUUUGUCAAGCUACUACUACUCUUCCAUUACAUCGCAUCGGUCGUUGGACUCCGCUUUGGCGAACAUUCUCUCCGUAAAGCUCAGCACUUUAACCUUACCAAGCAGCACCCUCUUCGAACUCUUCACCAGCGUCUUACAAGAAAGCCCAGAGAUCAUGGAGUCGGCGAAACAAGACCUGUUAGCAGCAAAGGAAAGAGACCCAGCUUGCUUAAGCUACGUCCAUUGCUUCCUAAGCUUCAAAGGCUUCCUCGCUUGUCAAUCUCAUCGCAUCGCUCACAAGCUCUGGACCCAAGACAGAAAGAUCCUCGCUUUACUCAUCCAAAAUAGAGUAUCCGAAGCCUUCGCCGUCGAUAUUCAUCCCGGAGCUAAGAUUGGGAGAGGGGUUUUGUUAGACCACGCGACGGGGGUGGUGAUCGGAGAGACGGCGGUGGUUGGAGACAACGUUUCGAUUCUCCACGGUGUGACGCUGGGAGGGACGGGGAAGCAGUGCGGCGAUAGGCAUCCGAAGAUCGGCGAUGGAGUAUUGAUCGGAGCAGGGAGUUGUAUACUGGGGAAUAUUACGAUCGGAGAGGGAGCUAAGGUUGGAUCGGGGUCGGUGGUGCUUAAGGACGUGCCGCCGCGUACGACGGCUGUCGGGAACCCGGCGAGAUUGAUUGGUGGGAAGGAGAAUCCGAAAAGGGUAGAUAAGAUUCCAGGUUUGACCAUGGACCAGACAUCGUAUUUGACUGAAUGGUCUGAUUAUGUUAUCUAAACUAAACACACAACAAAAUGUGUAAUAAUUGUCCUUUGCUGCGUUUUUCUGUUACUAAAAUGAAAAGCUAAGAGCCUAAGAUUAAUCUCAUUUGAAUAGUCUUAAGUU